GAAGCGUGUUCGGCGCUGGGCUCACGCGCCGUACGGAAGUGUGCUCCGGCGCACCGGAAGCCGCUGGGAGAGAGCGAUGGCGGGUUUGACUGUAAGAGACCCUGCGGUGGAUCGUUCUCUACGUUCGGUGUUCGUGGGGAACAUUCCAUAUGAGGCUACUGAAGAGCAAUUAAAGGACAUCUUUUCUGAGGUUGGACCUGUUGUUAGUUUCAGGUUGGUAUAUGAUAGGGAGACAGGAAAGCCAAAAGGUUAUGGCUUCUGUGAAUACCAAGACCAGGAGACAGCACUUAGUGCCAUGCGAAACCUAAAUGGGCGUGAAUUCAGUGGGAGAGCACUUCGAGUGGACAAUGCUGCCAGCGAAAAGAACAAAGAAGAGCUGAAGAGCCUUGGCACUGGUGCCCCUGUCAUUGAGUCACCUUAUGGAGAGACCAUCAGUCCUGAGGAUGCCCCUGAGUCCAUUAGCAAAGCAGUUGCCAGUCUUCCACCAGAGCAGAUGUUUGAGCUGAUGAAACAAAUGAAGCUCUGUGUCCAGAAUAGUCCUCAGGAAGCACGAAACAUGUUGCUUCAGAACCCUCAACUGGCUUAUGCUUUGCUACAAGCCCAGGUAGUGAUGAGAAUUGUGGAUCCAGAAAUUGCCUUGAAAAUUCUGCACCGCCAGACAAAUAUCCCAACACUGAUUGCAGGCAACCCUCAGACAGUCCACAGCACCGGACCUGGCUCAGGAUCCAAUGUGUCGAUGAACCAGCAGAAUCCUCAGGCCCCUCAGGCCCAGUCUUUGAGUGGAAUGCAUGUCAACGGCGCACCUCCUCUGAUGCAAGCUUCUCUGCAGGCUGGAGUUGCAGCACCAGGGCAGAUACCAGCCACUGUAACAGGACCUGGGCCUGGUUCCUUAGCUCCUGGAGGAGGAAUGCAGGCCCAGGUUGGAAUGCCAGGAAAUGGACCAGUGUCCAUGGAGCGGGGACAAGGAACCCUACAGCACUCGCCCGUGGGACCCACCGGGCCUGCAUCAAUUGAGCGAGUUCAAGUGCCGAUGCAAGACCCCAGAGCAGCUAUGCAACGUGGGCCCUUGCCUGCCAACGUCCCAACUCCUCGAGGUUUGUUGGGAGACGCUCCAAAUGACCCACGCGGAGGCACUUUACUUUCUGUAACUGGAGAGGUAGAGCCUAGAGGUUACCUGGGACCACCUCAUCAGGGUCCGCCCAUGCACCAUGUCCCUGGCCAUGACAGCCGUGGCCCACCCCCACAUGAGAUGCGGGGAGGGCCAUUAGCUGAGCCCAGACCUCUAAUGGCAGAGCCAAGAGGACCCAUGCUAGAUCAGAGGGGUCCACCAUUGGAUGGCAGAGGUGGAAGAGAUCCCCGAGGCAUAGAUGCACGAGGGAUGGAGGCAAGAGGAUUAGAUGCUAGAGGAUUGGAAGCCCGUGCGAUGGAGGCCCGUGCGAUGGAGGCUCGUGCAAUGGAGGCCCGUGCAAUGGAGGCCCGUGCAAUGGACGUCAGAGGGAUGGAGGCCAGAAACAUGGAUACAAGGGGCCCAGUCCCAGGCCCUAGAGGCCCUAUACCUAGUGGAAUCCAGGGUCCCAGUCCAAUCAACAUGGGGACAGUUGGCCCCCAGGGAUCCAGACAGGUCCCAGUCAUGCAGGGAGCGGGCAUGCAAGGAGCGAGCAUUCAGGGUGGAGGCCAGCCUGGUGGCUUUAGUCCUGGCCAGAACCAAGUCACUCCGCAGGACCAUGAGAAGGCUGCUUUGAUCAUGCAGGUUCUUCAACUAACUGCAGACCAGAUCGCCAUGCUGCCUCCUGAGCAGAGGCAGAGUAUCCUGAUCUUAAAGGAACAAAUACAGAAAUCUACUGGAGCGCCUUAAAAGGUUUUCAAAACUACCUGGCGACAAAUCUGGAAAUUAAUUCCAUACCUUUGUUGAAAUGUUGCAAAAAGAUGGAUACUUCAUCCUAACCCUUGAAUGACUCAAAUUGGUGCCAGGUGGAGGACUCCCAUCACCUUCUCUCAGAACAAAAUCAGUUCAUUCUGUUGUCUUAGUUUGUAUGUUUUCUGUGACUUGAAAUAAACUUUGAACACAAUUUUAGUAUACUGCAAAUUGAUAUACAUGACCUUUUUGCUUUUAAAAGGGUGAAACCUUACAUGUGUUUUCUACCCUUACUGCAGUAUUGAACUUUAAUAUUAUGUUGCCAUAGCUCUGUUUUUCCUUUUAAGUUAACCAUUUAUUCUUCUUGAUGAUAUUUGAGAAUUUCUCAGAAACAGUGUUUUCUGGAACUUAGUUUUUGCUUAGUUUGCUUCCAACAGGAAUAAUAUUUGCCCUUUGAGAGCUUGCUAGAACUUCUGAGUCUACUGGGAGACAAUAGCAUGUGCUUAGAGCUGUAAAAUGGUCAGAAGGCCAACAAUGCAAAGAGCCUACCUAGGAGAGCAGUGUAUUUAGUUUAGAAAAAUCCAAAUAUCAAAAUGUAUUUUUUGGUCAGUACCAAGUCUAUUCACACGCAUAGUUCAGAGUUAAGACAAAGAUAAUGUAUGAUCACUGGUUUGAGUGUGUCAACAACACAAGAGACUGUUGACAUUUUCUUGUCUGUUUUAAAACUCUUCAGUCUGGGUAGUCAACCUUAAAAGUUAAGAAAGCCACUAAUUUUUCACAUGUUCAAGGUGAAAUAAACACUGAACAGAAAUCAAACAAAAUACAUUUCAUCCUGCCUUCUAAAUAAUUACUAACCUACAGCCCUACCCAGUAACCAAAUUUAUUCUAGGAAACUAAAACAUAGAAACUCUAAAACUUUUACAUUUUUCUCAUUUAUUUUAAGAGGACCAAAUGUAGAGCAUAAGCUGUCAGAUUGCCCAUUAGGCCUGCCCCUGCCUGCUUCCUUUCAAAUAGGUGUGAACAUAAUCAGUGCCACUGGCUCUAACCUAUUGCUCUUCCAGCCUAGUAUUCUCUCUCUCAUAGUGGCAUUAAGGAGAAACAUGAUUUCUCUCCAUCAGGCCAACCUCAAGAGGUUAAGAGGUGCCUUAAUAAUUAGUAAAGUUCCACUGGAACUACUCCUGAGCCUAUUUAUGUUCUCAGAGUCCUAGCCUCUGGGUUAGGAUUAUGGUCAAGUGAAUUAAAAGCCUGCCAUAGGCUUAGAGAAUGUAAUAGCAUAUUGCUUACCUGUGAAGCAAAAGAAUGCAAAGAUAAUCAACUUUAUGAGAGACAUUAAAAUUGAGGGAUUUUCUACUCUGAUAUAUAAACAUUUACUGCAACAAAAAUUUGCUGAACAAGAUACUUGAUAUUACAACCUAGGAAGAAAAACUUGCUCAAAACAGCUGAGGAGCUUUCUGGGUAUCUUGCUCAUCCCCAGUUCAGGCUUAGAUGUUGAUUAUGUGUAGGAUUUAUUAUCAUUACCUUUUCUGCCUACUUCCAUGAAUAUUCUAGGCCUUGAUAUGUUGUUGAUUUUAGCAGCAGUCAUAUCUUGAAGUGUCAAUAUAUUUAGACAUUAAGACUAAGAGUACAGCCUUUCUCCUUAGGAACUCAUUAUAAGUUUCAAGAACACUAAGAUUCCAAAUCAGACUCACUGAAGAUCAAACUAUAAUUUGGUCAGCAGUUGUCUAGUAGGAACCAUAUCAUCAAGGUUCCAUUGUGCAUGUUCCUAAAGCCUUAUUAAAUUUAAAUUAGCUGAAAUCCGGGAAAUUGGUAACAGCAGGGGUAUCCCAAUCUAUUCCCAUGGAAACAUCCAUUAGUAUUUUUUCCUGAUGUCCAGUUAAUAAAUGAAACACAAUUAGCUACCAUGAGUUCAUGACCUACCUUUAUUUUGUUCAAACUAGUGACUGAAAAAAUUGGUUUUACUAAUCUUUCAAGUCAUGUAGGUUUCUGGAUAAUUAGAAACAGUCAUUUAUUCAUUUUUGCUCACUUAAUGGUAGAGAAAUAGGUGCUAUAAUGUUGAUUCAGUAAAAACAUUCUUGUAAAUCCAGUGAUUUGAAUUGUCUUUGGGCACAACAAAAUGUGGAUUAUUUUUCCUCUUGUAAGGGCCCCGAUCUUCUUUCCUUCUACUGUUUCACUGUGACUACUGACAUCCCAGAGCCAGGUGGAUGGAAGAAAUAAAAAGCAUUUCGAUAGGAGAAAGAAAAGGCAUUUUGCUGAUGUCAUUAGGUGAAUGAUUCCUUAAUGAAUAGGUACGUACGAGCCAAAAAAUGUGUUGUCAAAAUUUUAAAUUAUCUUUUUUGAAGACUAGACAUUAAUAAACCCCCUUGAUAAAAAUGGCAGUAAAGAGUCCUUGUUGACUAAAUAAUCAUCCUAAGAUGGAGUUCAAGUUUUCACAAUUAUUUCCAACAGAACAAUGCAAGCUAAUGACAACAUAACUGACUUUCAAUUAUAAUACAAUUUCAAUUACGAUUAGCAUACUUUCAAGAUUUUCUUUCCCAAAUGGAGAGCCUAGGUAAAGUAACAAAAGAUUUAUUCAUUAAGCAAAGAAGAAAAUCCUUCAUUUUUUGACAAGCAAAAAUAAGUAAAGCAUAAAUUGCUGUUCACACUGGAUAAGACCAUGUUUAGCAGUAAGAAUGUACAUAGUGUUAUAUAGGGAUUGGGUUCUUGGUAAUUCUAUGUUCGUUGUUUUACUAUUUAUGCUUAUUAUUAUGUUUUGUCGUUAAUUCUUUAAUAAAUUUUUAUUUUAAA